GACGCUUCGCAACACUUGCCAAAAACAAGCCAGUCAUUUUGCUUUGCAUCUUACUGCACGAAUUAGAAAUUAUAAAAAGAAAUUCUUUCACAAGAACCAUGGGUCCCGACUUUGACUUCACCGACACACCCGUCAGCACUGGCACAACUAUUAUGGCCGUUGAGUUCGAUGGCGGCGUUGUGAUUGGUGCAGACUCUCGCACCAGCUCCGGGGCAUAUGUUGCGAAUCGUGUGACCGACAAAUUGACUCAAAUCUCGGAUAAGAUAUACUGCUGCCGCAGUGGCUCUGCCGCUGACACCCAGGCCAUUGCCGACAUUGUGGCCUAUUCUCUGAACUAUCACCGGAAUCAGACCAACAAGGAACCACUUGUCUGGGAAGCGGCAUCAGAGUUCCGCAACUUUUGCUACAACUAUCGCGACUCCCUGAUGGCUGGCAUCAUUGUUGCCGGCUGGGACGAGGAGCGUGGUGGUCAAGUCUAUAGUGUGCCAUUGGGUGGCAUGCUGACACACGAAUCUUGUACCAUUGGUGGCUCGGGCUCCAGCUACAUCUAUGGAUUCGUAAAAGAGCACUAUCGCCUCGGCAUGCAAAUGGAAGAGUGUGUAGAUUUUGUCAAGAAAGCUGUGCAACAUGCCAUCUACCAUGAUGGUAGCUCCGGCGGCGUGGUGCGCAUUGGAAUCAUCACUAAGGACGGUAUUGAGCGUCGUUUGUUCUUUAACACAGAGUCUGGACAGUCUGAGAUUGAGGGCUCAAAAAGCUUUUUAGUUUAAAUGGAAAGGAUUCUAAAUUCAGCUCUAACUCUUGUGGAAAAUAUAAUAAUUUGGUUUUUCUAUAUGUA